GGAGUGCAGGAGUGAGGAGGAGGAAGAAGAAGAUCGAAGGCCGCACCUUUUUCCUCCUUAUUUCUUGUUCUUACGUACAUUGCAGAAAAAUAAAAAGGGCACAGCGGCGGGAGACGGAAUAUAAAAGGGCGCGGAUCGAGUAGAUCGAGUUCAAUUGGUGAAGGCCUUGUGCUCUCUCUCCCUCUCUCUCUCUCUCUCACGCUCCCGUUGCUGUUCGUCUGCCUGAAUGCCUUCACCAGUGUUCAGGAAAAUCGUGGCGAUUUAUGUGCGGAGGAGCGGGGGAUUAUGUUGGAUUCAAGCAUAAAUGGGUGGAAAUUGGCCGUUAAUCUGUAGGUCCGAUCCUCCACAUAUUUAAGGAACAAGCAGAGUCCAGCGCACAAGACUUUUGGGACCGGCUGUAUGCCAAAUUCUGGGGAUCCUCACCGGCCUGCAUGAGAUUCUUCGAAAUGGCCGUGGCCGUUGAUCAACAUCAUGGAUUUAAGCCCUUCAGCAGAUCCCAGAGAUGCAGACUCCAAUCCUACACUCACCUCGAUCACAAAUUUCUUCAACUCAGCCAAACCAGUUUAGCCCACUCCUUAAACCAAGCAAUUUUCGAAGGUUAUCAUCACAUCCACCGUAGCUUAUCCACCCCAUGCCUAUCCCUAACCACUACACUGGAGGAGGACUACCUCGUCGACACUAAUCCCAGGAUUGAGAUUGUCGGUGGCCACGACGAUCCUAGAGCACGUGCUCUUGUUGUCGAGGUUGCCAUUGCUCUGGCCUCCGGCGUUCAUCCCAUGCCGGUUUCAACUGGGUUAGGCGGCGCCUACUUCUUGCGCGGCCGAAAUGGUAGUAAUAAUAUUGCUGUGGCAAAGCCAGUAGAUGAAGAGCCUCUAGCCUUUAACAAUCCUAAAGGCUUUGGUGGUGGUCGGAUGCUCGGCCAACCUGGCUUGAAACGCUCCGUUAGGAUAGGUGAAACCGGCGUGCGUGAGUUGGCUGCUUAUCUUCUUGACCAUGGCGGCUUUGCCGGGGUUCCUCCAACAGCUUUAGUGAAAAUUUCCAAUGUUGCUUUCCAUGUUAAUAAUUAUGAAGAUCACAUGGCGGAUUAUAAGAUCGCCUCACUCCAACGCUUUGUACACCACAAGUACGACGCCGGAGAGUUGGGUUCUUCUAGCUUCUCAGUAGCAUCCGUUCACCGGAUCGGGAUUUUUGAUGUCCGGCUCCUGAAUCUUGACAGGCAUGCCGGGAAUAUACUUGUUAAGAAGUAUGAUAACAAUUAUUCGGAGCUUGUGCCGAUAGACCACGGGCUUUGCCUUCCUGAGUGGCUGGAUGAUCCAUAUUUUGAGUGGUUGCAUUGGCCUCAAGCCUUGGUUCCUUUUUCCGAGUACGAAAUUGAAUAUAUAUGUAAUCUGGAUCCGUUCAAAGAUGCCGAUCUUCUAAGAACUGAGCUUCCUUCCAUAAGGGAGUCCUCUAUCCGGGUGUUUGUUGUUUGCACCGUUUUCUUGAAGCGAGCUGCGGCUGCUGGGCUUUGCCUUGCCGACAUUGGUAAAAUGAUGACUCGGGAGUUUCGCUGUGGGGAGGAAAAUUUUUUGAGCGCCAUAGAGAUUCUCUGCGCACAAGCCAAGGCGCGUUUGCCUGAUAUUUGUCUCGAUGAUCAGAGAGAAGAAACAAGAAAAGAAAAUGAAAUAUUUGAAUUUGACAAUGAUGGUGAAGAUAGCAGCACUACUUUUAGUGAGGUCUUGGACGACCUUCCUCGUCUGUUAAAGAGCCAUUUUGUGGUGGCUAAGCCGCCAGUUAAAAUCUCAAGGUUUUCAUCCACGGGAUCGAUGGCAGCUGGGUUGCCUGAUGCAGCAUUGCCUCCAUUGUAUGAGGAAAAUGACAGUAGUUUUCAUGAUAAUUACGAUAUCAGUGGCAGCGACGACAAGCAUAAGGUAGGGGGUUUUAUGAAGAGCGUGAGUUUCUCAGUACCCGACAACCAUAAUAGUGAAACCGGGGGGGUUUCUUUUGAAGACAUGAGCGAAGAUGAAUGGGAGUUGUUUUUGGAGAUUUUUGAAGAGCUUUUGCCCGACGAAUUUGAAGGCAAAAAGUGCACGAGCUUGAGGCAAAGGUUGGGAACUUCUUGCAAGUUUUGA